GCUACGUGCGUGAGCGGACGAACCGGAAAAGCGGCGCGUACGCCCUGCACGUGGAAGCCCGGAGCAGAACGUUAAAUGAAUGUUGUUACGGCGGGCGCUGGCGAUCGCGACGGGAAACUCGAGGGGGCACGGCAGGAUCGCUCGAUUUAAAUUCAUAGAUGUGCGAGCGAACGGGCCCACAAUGGUGGCUCGGCUCCCGCAACAAGUUCUGCUGCUACUCGUACUCGUUACUGGAGCGUCCACGGGAGAGGCUGAGGACCCGCGGUGGAGCACGUACAGCGCUCGAAAAACUAGUAGAUCCUCGUCACCGCGAUCCUGGCCGUCCUCGAGUUUAGAGCAUGCCGCGAAGGAGACUAGACCCUCGAACGGCAAGCUCCCAGAUACCAGCUCUUGGAGCGUAGACAGAUCGAGUCCUGGGACUCGAUCGGAUCUGAGUUUCCUGGGAACGAUGGUCGAGAGGUCCGAGGAGGACGAGGAAGGGAGGAGGAGGGUACAGUUGCCGCGGGGCAAUGACACCGAGGACGCAAGGAUCACGAGCCAUAACCCGUCCAUCUCCUCCAGGAGCAAUGAAACGAGCCAGACGGAUCCGUCCAAUCGGAUUUCCAUCGAGUCAUCGUCCUCGCCGUCGUCGGCGAUUGGCUAUCACCUCGUGAGGACCUCGCCGAUAUCUACAAGCUCCUAUGACAUAGUGCCAACGCCCGAGACACGACUAUCGUUCGAUACGCUCUCGCGUGGGAACUUGAGAAACACGACGACGACGACGACGUCCACGAAAGGCGUCGCCAUGCCGCGACGCUACAUGAGACAUACCCCGGACAGCUGCGAUAAAUUUCGGAUCGGAGACUUGACGAAGAAUGAAUUUUACAGCCCGAAUUAUCCCGCUAAUUAUCCGAAUUCGACAGAUUGCGUUCGAGUUUUGGAAGCUGACAAAGGUAUGCUAGUGAAGCUCGACUUUCGGGACAAGUUCAAGCUCGAAGACAGUCCGGAUUGCCGUUUCGAUUUCCUCGAGGUACGUGACGGUCAGCACGGCUACUCUAAUCUCCUCGGCAACUUCUGCGGCACGAAUUUUCCCCCUGAGAUCACGUCGAAGACGCGAUACCUCUGGCUGCGAUUCCACAGCGAUGAGAAUAUCGAGGAUAAGGGAUUCAAGGCUGUGUGGAGCACGAUACCAAGACCGACCUACCCGGGCGUACCACCGGAACCAGAACCGUGCAUAUUUAACGUGACGGGUAUGCAGGUGAUAAUUAAUAGCGACAACGUCAAAGACAAGAGCGCCCAGGCCGGGAAAGAGGGAUACCCGUUGGAUUGCCUGUGGAACAUUCAAGUGAAGGUGGGCUGGAAGAUCCAGCUGGUUCUAGACAAUUUCAGCCUGCAGCAUCCGAACGAGUGCGAGGCCAACUUUGUAGACAUAUUUAUUAAGGACGAAAAGGACAUACCUUCUAGGGUGAAGCAAUUCUGUGGCAGUAUCGCCGACACCGUCGUCGUUGCGAGCAAUAUCGCCCAUUUAAGGUUCUACGCGGAGCCGAAGGGUAUCAACAGCACCUUCGAGGCGGUGAUGACCGCCGUCAGGGACAAGGGGAACGAGAAAUCAUGCAGGGACGACGAGUACGAUUGUGAGGAUGCGACGUGCAUCGCCGCGGAAUUGGAGUGCAACAAGAAGAUUAACUGCCGGUUCAAGUGGGACGAAGAAGAAGUGAAGUGCGAUAAGAAGCUCUCACGGUUGAUCGACUCGUACCACAUCAUCAUAAUCCUCGUUGUUUUCUCUCUAAUUAUGUUUGGCAUGAGCUUUGCCUUCGUCUUCAACUGCGUCCGGAAGCUCAUCCGCGAUCACCGCAUUAUCCAGGAGCACAUAAGGCAAUCUAGAGAGAAUCGUUUGGACGAACUGGGUCGGAAGUCAACCCCGUGUCCAAUUUCGGUUUCCACAACGGAUCUGCAUGAUCAUGGCAGCGAGUCGCCUAGUUUAGAAGUCUUGCCCAGCAAAGAAUUGAUGCCACCCACCACCAUGAUACCUCAGGAGUACACAAAGGAUCUCGUUCUCGAGAUGACUUACAAUGCGAGCGACAUCACCGACAUUCACCAGAGCAAUAACGUGAGCAACGCUACGCAGGAACGUCUGCAGGAGUCCAGCGAGGAGCCGGAGAUGCGCGACAAUUGCUGCCAAACCCGAGAAAGCCUUUUUGAGCCACGGAUAUCGGAUACGAUGGUGCCGGCGAUAGGUUUCACGACCUUUGGCGUGCGCGCCCCCAGUUCUCAGAACGGGACCAAUUUUCACUCUCAUCAUCAUCAUCAUCACCUACAUCGUCAGCAGUCGCAACAGAGCCCGCAGCAGUCUCACCAGAGCGCCCAGUCCUCGCAGCCGAGCUUGCAGUCGUCGCAACCGAGCUCGCAGCAGCAGAUCAUCUCUCAGUGCUCGGGCUGUAGCCCGGCGUCGCGCGGGCGGGACGGCAGUAUGGGCAUCUGUCCGAAGCACAAUCCCAUACCGGCGCCACCCGGCUGGUCCACGCACGAGUCCAGCUAUCCACUGCCGCAAGUUGCCCAGUACCCGGAACAGUUGGACUACCCGUCCUACCAGAGAUUCCAAAGUCCCAAGCCUGGCAGAGAGUCUAGCGGCGUCUACCGACAGUCGCCCAAGUUCUUGCGACAGGCCACCGUAGGCUCCGGCGAGAGAUACGGUAGUUCCACCUACGGUUCCGGCCACGGCUCCAGCAACACCACGUCCAGCACGUCGCAGCACUCCUCCGGCAACACGCCCACGAAACGUCAGCCCCAGCCGCCGCUGGACCCGAGGUAUCGGGCGGAGGCGGUGAUCGAGUUGGACCAGAGACGGCCGUUCAGCAUAGAGAGCACGAAAAGCGCGCCGGACGUGAUCGCGACGCACUGACGCCGGGGUCCUGGGGAUUGGGAGCCCUACAAGAGACGCCAUCCCCGUCAAAAUUAUUCGGCGGCGACGUGCAGCGACAGCGGGAACAAUAAGGUGACCGUCGCCACGCAGAGUUCCCUCGACGACGACACCUCGAUAAGCUCCACCGUGGAGGUGAACUCCUCCUCCUGAUCCACGUGUCGCGACGCGCUCGAUCGCGAGAAAUCGGGCGAGAAAUUGCAUACGGUCAGUGACUUCUGUGAUCGCGAGUCGUCGAGGAUCGGCCAGCAGCGGUCCGAGAUCGGCGAUGUACCGACUCAUAUCCGUUCGACCGAAGAGAGACACGUCGGGGAACUCGCUGGCGAGUCAACAAAACUCGUCGACGGAUCGACGACGGUCAGUGACGCGUCUGGUUUGAAUUCAAUCAACGUCAACGGGGAGACUCGAGUCGACGA